AUGUCUUCCCAAGCAGUCGCCUCUUCUUCCUUCACCAUCCCCGCCAUCUUCAGCACCUGGCACCAGGCAUCUGCAGCGUACGACGUCGAGGCUCAGGUUAUCGUCGGGGCUCAUGAGGAGUUCUCCGCGCCUUCCCUCUCUUCACCUCCUACGGCGCUCACUCGUUCUCUCUCUCGAACCGAUCCCAUCGACGAUUUUUUCGGUGCUACCCGCUCCCCUCGCGGAACUCUGGACAGCCGACACGAUGCAAUGUCCCUCCCCAAUCACUGCGAUGACGUCCCGCCGCCCUACUCUCGUUCGUCUGAACCACCCGCUUACUCCCGCUUCGCGGAGCACCCCACCCUCGCCAUGUAUCUGUUCAAAUUUGGUUUCUUGUUCCCGCUGUUCUGGCUCGCUGGCGCCCUCAUCCUUCUUUCGCCCCUGCGCGCGCCGGAAGAUUGGGAAGAGACCAAGACAGAGGCAGAGAGGCAGGAGCUGCUCAGGUCCAUGCGCCGCACAGAGAUCAAGUGGGCCAAGUACUGCCUUGCUGCGUUCGCCCUCUUCGCCGCAGUCGUCAUCUCAGUCGUGGUGAUCGUCUGGUCCGUGAAGAGAAUGCACUAG